AGUCUGUCGCUGCUAAUUUAAGGAAAUAUAUAUAUAUAUAAAUUGGAAGAAAUUUUUUGGGGGGGAAGCUGACGUGGUGUACAAGCGGAAGCCUGUGAAUUUGGAUAACUUGCCACGUCCUACUGAGAAGGGAGAGAGAGAGAGAGAAAACUUUCUGCACUUCCUGCUCAAGAUUAAUGUACAAAAGGCAGUGUUUGAGCACUCUCUGUUAGGUUUGACCAUUUACAACACUUGCAAGACGCACAAAGCCCCUUCUGCGAGCUGAAAAGGCUGAAAGCUGUCCUGUCUCGUCACUACUACUUGUGCUACACGUUGGCGGGGCGUUGGUUUGUUCCCCCAGCCCUCCCCAACACUCAUCACUCUGUGCAGCACAAACGCUCCUAAGGCUCAGGAGGAUAUAAGCCCGAUUCAUUGAUCACACUACUCUUAAAAAAAGAAGGGGAAAAGAAGAAGAAAAUGGCCGGUACAAACAGCAUCGAGGCGGUGAAGAGAAAGAUUAAAGUUUUGCAGCAGCAAGCCGACGAGGCUGAAGAAAGGGCCGAGAUGUUGCAGAGGCAGGUCGAGGAAGAGAAGCGCGCCCGAGAGCAGGCUGAAGCCGAGGUGGCCUCUCUGAACAGGCGUAUCCAGCUCGUUGAGGAGGAGCUGGACAGAGCUCAGGAGAGACUGGCCACAGCCUUACAGAAGCUGGAAGAGGCAGAGAAGGCAGCAGAUGAGAGUGAGAGAGGCAUGAAGGUCAUAGAGAACAGAGCGCUGAAGGAUGAGGAGAAGAUGGAGUUACAGGAGAUCCAGCUGAAGGAGGCCAAGCACAUUGCUGAGGAGGCCGACCGCAAGUAUGAGGAGGUGGCUCGUAAGCUGGUGAUCGUCGAGGGAGAGCUGGAGCGCACUGAGGAGAGAGCCGAGCUCGCCGAGGCUAAAAAGAAGCAGCUCGAGGAGGAGCUAAGGGUGCUGGACCAAACACUGAAGACUCUGCAUGCUUCUGAGAACAAGUAUUCCCAGAAGGAAGACAAAUAUGAGGAGGAGAUCAAGAUCCUGACUGAUAAGCUGAAAGAAGCUGAGACUCGUGCUGAGUUUGCGGAGAGGUCUGUAGCCAAGCUGGAGAAGACCAUCGAUGACCUGGAAGAUGAGCUCUAUGCUCAGAAACUCAAGUACAAGGCCAUUAGUGAAGAGCUGGAUCACGCCCUCAACGACAUGACCUCUAUAAAACCUAAAAGAUGCCAAGGAGGAGAACGUCAAGAUCCAUGCCACUCUGGACCAGACCCUGAGCGAACUGAACAGUUUUUAAACAUCCUGGACGAGGACAUUCCUCCGUUCCCCUUUUCAACACACUCCUCUCAUGUCUCUAAUUUGGUCCAAAUUGUCUAAUUCACCCAAAGUUGUUUCCUUUCUCCUUUCCGCUCCCUUCACCCAACUCUUGGUUGAAGCUGAGCUCGCAGAAGCAACCAGCUCUGGCACCAAAUCUCUAUGCAAAUUUGUGACACAAUGUCCUCUUCCAGAGCUGUUCAGAGUCUUGAGUGUGUAUUGUAUUUGUCAGAAUUCAGAUUCCCCCCCCCCCCCCCCCCCCCCCUAAAAUUGGUGCCAAAUCCCUGAGAUGUUUCAUCUGAGGCUUUCAGUGUGUGUUGCUUUGGUUAUGACAAAGCUUAGGUACAGUUCACUUUAUCCCUUUCCUCCACAAAUGUCAGUGUGGUCUUUAGACAUCAUCCAUCCUUAAAAUUUUAAAUUUUUUUGUGUGCUAUUAUUUCAGCACCUUUUGAGUAUAAUCCUUGCUCUGUGGUAAACAUCUGUGUUGAUGUACCUAUCCCAUUUUCUUUACCCAUCACCAUUUUUUCUUCUUCAUACAGGCUUUUGGGACCAUUUCUAUAGGUGAGGUCUUAAAAUGGUCUGGUUUCCAAAUGAGAGCCUUUAAUUUGUGGGUUGUUUUUUUGUUUUUUUAGUUCACUUAUGUAUUGUGUCCAGGCAAGAUGUUUCACUGUUUUAACAGUAAACCCACUUGCCUUGUUUGAACCACUACAUGUGAAACACUCCACUGGCUCACAGCAAACAUCAAGCCUGAAAUUGAUGAGUGUUCAUUAGCAAUGGUGGACUGUGCAUGCCUGCUUUUAAUGGCGCAAUACACAAAUAAGCUCCCGCCAGGAGCAAGGGAUUUUUUUAUUUUAUUAUUAUUUUAUUUUUUUUUACAGACAUCUAAGUGGCGUCACUUCUAGUUGUUUUGUUUUGCGAUCUCUAAGUAGUACAUAUCUCCAGAUCAUUUCUGGCCAAGAAAUCGAUUGGGGGGGGGAGAGGUAACGUUUAAAAGUAAAUAAAAGGUUAAAAAUGCAUAUUUUUAACUGGACAAGUCGAACAUGCAUAUAUAUGUAAUCAUGUUGUUAUUGUCUUUGUAAUGAUGCAUUUUUUUAAAAAAAAUAAUAAAAUCCGUGAUUUUUUUUUUUUUUUUAACAUCA